UGGGGUCGGAGAACAUGGGGAAGGUCGGGGAAGGUGCUGGGUUGGGUCCCUAGAACUGCAGUCAGUGGUCCAAAGGAGCGGGCCUGCUAGGGGUCACAGGUCAUGGGAGGAGCACUUUCGAGCUCCGGCUAAGUGCCGGGCUCGGUUCUGGCGUGCCCUUGGCACGUACCGGCUCCCCUAAUUCCCAAGACCACCCUCGCCCAACCCACUUCAUAGAUGCGCUGCUUGACCACACCCAUGCUGCUGCGGGCCCUGGCCCAGGCUGCCCGUGCAGCACCUCCCGGUAGCCGGAGCCUCCACAGCAGUGCAGUGGCAACUACCUACAAGCAUGUGAAUGUGCAGGAGCCCAAGAUGGACAUGAGGUCAGUGACUGACCGAGCAGCCCAGACCCUGCUGUUGACCGAACUCUUCCGAGGCCUGGCCAUGACCCUGAGCUACCUGUUCCGGGAGCCGGCUACCAUCAACUACCCGUUUGAGAAGGGUCCACUGAGCCCUCGCUUCCGUGGGGAGCAUGCCCUGCGCCGGUACCCAUCUGGGGAGGAGCGCUGCAUUGCCUGCAAGCUCUGUGAGGCCAUCUGCCCCGCCCAGGCCAUCACCAUCGAGGCUGAGCCGAGAGCCGAUGGCAGCCGCCGGACCACUCGCUAUGACAUCGACAUGACCAAGUGCAUCUACUGUGGCUUCUGCCAGGAGGCCUGCCCCGUGGAUGCCAUAGUCGAGGGCCCCAACUUUGAGUUCUCCACGGAGACGCACGAGGAGCUGCUGUACAACAAGGAGAAGCUGCUCAACAACGGGGACAAGUGGGAGGCGGAGAUCGCCGCCAACAUCCAGGCUGACUACCUGUACCGGUGAAGCCCCGCCCUCUGCCUGCAGCCUACUGCCCAAUAAAACCGCUCUGACCCCA